AAUGGUCCACUCACGGAGUGGGAGUUGGAGGACUCAGCCAUCAGAGGAGUGACGAAACUCGUGACUGCCUCCUUGGACAGGACGGCACUUGUCCAUCAGCGGAUCGGCACAUCAAACGUAUCAGCUUCUUGAUCAAUGUACAAUUCUACUUGGCGAUGUUGGCCUUGAUUCGACUCGAAGACCAAUUUCGAGGCUUGAUUUCGGGCUUGAUUUCGGGCUUGAUUUCGGGCUUGAUUUCGGGCUUGAUUUCGAGGCUUGAUUUCGAGGCUUGUUCUCGGGCAAAUAGAUCAAUCGCCAAGACCGCGAUCAUCGUCCGAGACUUGUUCCAGGGCCCGUCACAUUUGUUACUGGCCCUGAAAUCUAGAAGCUCCCUGCGAAUCUCCAAGUCGACAACUCCAUUGUCCUUCUUGCGUGCAUGGCAUGCGACCGUCCAUGGUCUCCGGACGCAUCUUGACCCGAGAGAUGGUCGUCCUCGUCCACCAGCGAGCUGCGUCAAGAAUUGGCAGACAAGUUGCGCAUCGAAGAAGGCUUUUACGAGCAGCCGAGUUGAUCGAAGUAGCGAGCAGACGUUGUUCGCCUCUUGAGCGCUGGAUAUCGACAAAGUUGUCGUUGAAAGAAGGACGAAGGUUGAGAGCCCAGAGCGG